UUCAAAGCAUUUGGCACUUGAAUUCACUAAAUACAACAAAGUAUUCCUACAACCAGUAUCUUUUUUUGCAUGUUUGUAGCAUCUUGAAUAUGGUAUCUUAACAUGACCUGUUUAUACCCUAGGAAGGCUCUGAGCUGAGGCCUUACUUAAUAAAUUAUUCUUUUUUAGGGGUGGAUUGAUAAUUUCAACGGGCCAAGUGGACUUUUUGUUGCUGUAAGUACUAGUGAAACUCUGAUCCAGCCUGCCUUAAAUCUCUCUGAUUGCAUGAUGAUAAUUUAUAAAGUAUUUUGCUGAUUGGCAGGACUUACAACUGCCAGGAAUACUAGCAUUUUGUGACCUUGUUUCUCAAAUUGAGACCAAGUACCAAAACAUUCACUGGACAGUGAGUUUGAUCUGUGUGACUUUAACACUAUAGUAUCAUAUCAAAGACUUAACCCACACUUGGCUCCACUGGAAAGUACUUUUUCUCUUAUUAAUCUGAAUGUUCACACUUCAGGGUUAAAACUUCACACUUUGAACAUAAUAUACAGUUCUUUAAGGAACUUCUUGACGAUGGCUUUCAUUUGAAUGUGCUAGAAUGAUAGCAGAGUGGUCACCAAGGCGCAGUAGCUGGGUAUUUCCCGUGACUACCAUCAGCAUGACCUCUGGCUUUUUUCAUAGGAAACAAAAGGAAAACAACUUCCUGAAUGUUCAAUUCCCUGCCUACCAAUAUUGUAUGUGUGCGACAACCUAAAAUCUUAGGCACAGCCCUGUGAUAGAUUUUGCUCUUCAGCCACAAAGCAAUAGGGACUGAUGCUUUAGUGAUCUUGAUUUUUACUUGUAACAUCACUUGUUUUUGUUUUGUUUAGGCUGGAAAAGGAAUGUUGCGAUCAAUGAUGGGUGAACUCAAUGCUGUGGCAGACAUAAUCCCUGUAGAUUUCUCUGCUAACAUGAUGCUCGCCAUUGCCUGGCACAGAGUCACUAAAAAGUGAGAAUUGCUGACCUUUCUGAGUUGAGGGUCGUCUUAUUUGGUCGUAUUAUGGAAUACAUGUAGAUAAGCGUGUCUUUAACUGAACUGUUAUUUUUUAUUGUAGACAUUCAAGCAUCCCAAUCUAUCAUCUUACAACCGGAUUGUUGAAUGGAUGCACCUGGGGAGAAAUAUGUAAGUAUUGCAUGUAACAGUAAAUAUAAGAAACAGUUGAUUCUUCUCUCAAGAAUCUCAUUGUUCACAACGUUUACUACCAGAGGCGCAGCCAGGAUUUUUCAAAGGGGGCAGGGGGGGGGGGGGGGCCCAAGAGGCUACUCUCUAGACUAUAUAGGGUGUUAACCGCUGCCCUCCCUUGUGUAUCAGCGGGCUCGGUCGUAUUAUCGCGGUAUGAGGGCCCAUAUUAACUAAAGACAAGAGCCGUUGACGAAAAUACUUUACAAAAAAACAAAUUUUAAAAAAGUGGGCUUUUCAACAAUGGCUUUUACGGUCAAGAUAUUGUCAUGGCGUUUUCGCCGACUAAAUAUUGUAGGUUGUCGGUCGUGAGUGCGAAGUCCUGGGAAGAGUACGUCACCGUAUCAUGCGUUCUUUAAACAAUAGAGAGAUUUAGAGUGACGUUUACGGCAAACGGCAAAAGCGAAAUUCAAGUUGGGAAACACCAAAUCGGAUUAUUCAAUGGUAUUGCUGAAUGAUAUAUGUAAUUCUUUUCAAAGUUUCGUAGCCAUCGCAUUAAAGCCAAAAAAGUUAUGACGAAAAUUUUGUCUUAGCUCAGUGCGCCUGUAUUAACAAGACACUCUUAAAGUGUUAACUCGAGGUUGCUUGGAGAUUAGAUAAGAAAUGAGGAGGAGAUAAAUUCUUGAGGAGCCAGUGUGCAGCCAGGCAUAGGUUACACAGUUACUACUGACUGCUUUAUGGUACAUAGAAUAGUCAGACUAAACUUAAACUGGUAAAAGAUUAUAGUUCAAUCGUUACAGUUUACAAAUCUAAAGUGAAAAUUUCGAAUGAUGUCUAGGCGAUAAUGCAGUGUAAUUUCAAACAAUCUUCCACAGUCAAAGGCAAUACUAUGAGGCAAAGAUCGAGCCCUUCGCAAAUCUACGACAUCAAGGAAACAUCAAUGAAGACGUCAGUAUGAAAAAUAAAUACACAUUUUCCAAACUAGAGAACUUUGAAAAUAAAUAGACUAGUUCAAUUUGUAAACUUGUAGUUUCCAUUGACCGAUGAAGUGCUGCAAGUAGAGUGCGUGACAGCAUUUAUAAAGUGCAACGCGACUUCACAUCUCAACAAUUGCAAAAAUCUAUCAAUUAAAUACAUGCAACAAAGUGAAUCUGUAAUAUCGAAUCUAUUUAGCCAUCGAGUUCCAGUAAUUGCGUCAACAUUCUGAGAAACGUGAUGCCUCAUUACACCACGAAACAGGAUUUCUUUCACGUCCUACUUUAUCGACGGUCGAGUAUUCCUCAGGGUAUUUGCUUUUUAAUACGCGUGUAUGAAUACACAAAAAUCAAGGGCCUUGAUUCAGGGAAAAUUACGUCAUUGCCAAAAAGCCAGAACGUGAUCAACUACGCGCAUCACCUCAAUCAUCGCCGUAAAUAAACCACAUGCUCAUCACUAGUCUCACGAAAAUUUGCAUACAAUGAAAGUCGUCACAAUUCUUAGUCCCAGUUCUCCACGUUCUCCGCUAGGGACGCCUGGGAGCCCAACCUCUUUUGUAAAUACAAAGAAGAAAAGCGGCUUGCAGAUUAUGACUCUCGGUGCUACGCAACUUCCAGUGAUAAGAGAGCCACCUUAAGGCAAUGCCUUAUGCGGUACAAUAAAUUAUUACAAGAACUUAUUAAAUGUACUUGUUUGAUAGUGAUUUAAACGUAGUGUGGAAGUGGGGGUGGGGGCUGUUCGAAACAACAGGUUCGACCGGAUAACCCAACUUUGUAGUGAAAAAGGCCUAUUUAGGAGGCUUUGUUUUAACAAUUCUGCUGUUUUUGAUUGAAACAACGUGAUCAUUUCAGGUUCACAUGUUAGCGCGAGUUUCCAAACAUAUCCCUUUGAGGGUGUCUUCAGACGACCAAACUUCGCCUUUGAGUCAAGAAAGUGAGUAGUACUAUGUAACUCUCGUUUAUUCGUCCGUUUCUCUCGCGCAUGUGGGCACAUUGACCCACAAGGGUACCAUGCAUGUCCAUGGUUUGCAUGAAAGGUAUUUUCAACUUUCAUGCACAGUAAUUCAAGCUUUCCUUUUUCAGCGUUUCUGCAUAAACUCUUUAAAAUGUCUUGAAAUUUCAAGGUAGGGUAAUUGAAAGUCAUUUUUUUUAGUACAAGCCUUGAAACUAUAAUUAAAGGGGUUAUGCAACCGGAUAUUGCUGUUUUGCGUUAAAGGAGCUGUGUCACGAAAUUCAGCCAAAUUAGGAAAUUACAAAAUGCCUGUUAAAUUAAGAGAAACAUAAAAAUAACCGCUUUUAACUUUAAAGGAAGGUUAAAAUAACAUGACGCAAACAACAGAUGUCACGGAUGGGCAAAACUGGAGAAGAUUGAAACGGAUUAAAAUUAGGAUUUUUGAAAACUGUUCAGCCUAACAGUUUUUCAAAGUUGAUCCCUGCUGCUUGUAACUUCAAAAAUAAUGCUCAGGAGACAUAUUUGUUUGUCUCCGCUUACUUUAAGUUCAAUAGCGAUUGAAGGCGAGUAAUUGGCAAAAUUAAACAAAACGAACUGGACUGCCUGACACAGCCCCUUUAGUUCUUUACUUAGUUAUUACUUGGUACCUUAACCCAUACACAAAACCUCUUCGUACCGCGAACAGUACACAACCUUUGGCUUCUAACGCGGUUUUGUUAAACACCAGCUCAACUCUGAAUUAAUAACUAGUUCGUAUGCUUGGCUCGGUGAAGAAUGAGAAAGGUAUUAUUUUUGUAAUAUGGCGAGCUUUGGACACAGUAAGUUAUUUUACCGGUUGUCAAAAAACUGACAACUGAUUGCUGAUCUACACGAACACUACAUUUGUAACUAAGUGACAGAUUUAUUGUGCAAGGUCUUUGAUAUUUUGUGGAUCAUAAAAACCUAAAACGGUUUUCUUUUUUAUUAAGGUUAGCUGAUUUUUUUUUCUUUUUUGCAGGUUAAUGCACUCCUACUGGUGUUACAUCAGUCACAAAAUUCCAGCCUUUAUCGCAGACAUGACGUCAUUUUGCGCUGGACAGCGGCCAAAGUGAGUAUAGUCGCCAUUUGGACCAACAAUGUUGGGAGUUGUUGCGUCCGUUUGCACGUAUCUUCAAAACAAAUAAAUAAUGAUUUAUUUAUAAAAUUUUUUUAUUUAUUUAUUUAGUCGCUAUUUGGACCAGCAAUGUUGGGACUUGUUGCGUCCACUUGCAUGUAGCUGUAGACAAAAGCACAUCGCUGGCCAGACUACAAAACUCCAGCAUUUAGAAAUAUAUGUUAAAGAAAAACUAUUCAAAAUUCUAGAACUGAAGACUCCUGUGUUGAAGUUGAUGCGCUAAUUAAUAAAAUGAAAAAUAAAUUUUAGUUUAGUUUAUAACUUUCCUCUUGACAUACUGUUCAUUUGUUCUUCAUUAAUUGUUUUUCCCCCCUUCGGCAUCAUGUUGAAAUUCAUGUUUUAAUUCAUAUAGUGAAAAAUUAACUUAAGUUCGGUUUGUAGCUUUCCUCUUCGCUUAUUGCAUUUUACUUGUUUUCGUUUGUUUGUUUCUUAAUUCUUCAUAUUAUGAAGUCUAGCGUACAUAUGUUGCCCAAAGUUUUAAGUUAAAGUAUAUUUUCUGAUGAUAAAUGUAUACGGUGGAACCCCGCCUUACGGUAACCUCGUUAUUACGGCCACUUUUAUUGUUUUUGGCCGCCCGGCUAAACGACCAUACAUUUUAUUGUAGAAAAAAACCCUCGUUAAUACGGUCACCCGUUAGUUCGGCCAAAUUUUUUUUGGCCCAUUGGUGACCGUGUUAACGGGGUUCCACUGUAUCAAUACAAAGGUAGUUUUGUACUUAGCCUCGCUUUAAAACAGAGGCCUCGGUGCAACUCGGAAUUGGCCUGUUCGGUCUGCAAUCGUACGAGUGAUUAAGAAACAUUAAUAAAGGUUUUGCUUAAUCAUCGUAUCACUACACUCAGUCCGUAUCAGAUCACCUUUUUCGCGGUUUAUCCAAUUCGCCCAGUUACUUGAAAGAAGAGAAAUUUUAGGUUGGGGCUGAAGAGAAGGGACCGCGUCCGAGUUCAGACAGAGAUAGUAAAAUUUCUCGCCUUGCCGUUCCCUUUCUUAAAUAAAUUUAAAAUUUGAGCAUUUCACAUCGUAAUUGUUCGAGGACGGCAAAGAAAUGUACCAAAAAAGCGUAAUGCUCGUGCGGAGUUGUGUUUGCUUCCUAAGCCUGUUAGGGAGCUGUAGCAACGACGACCGCGACGGCAACGAGAACGUCAAAAAAGCAAUAGGUUUAGAUAAGUAAAAAAAAACAACAACAACAACUCUGCGUGAGAAUCACGCUUUUUUGUACAUUGCUUUGCCGUCACUGCAGGACUACAAUGUGAAAUGCCUAUUUUCACAUUUUAUGGAGGACGUAAACAGGCGACGGCGAAUUUUUCUUCCUUUUUCUCUUUCGUCGACGCUAAAGCUCCCUAGUGUGUUUUCCAAGUCCCCGUUGCCGUCGUCUUCGUACUUUCGUAAGGUAUAAAUUGCUUAGGCAUUUAUAUAGAGUCAUCAGAGCAUAACGGUGCUUAUUAUCUUCCAACAAAGUUUGCACUAACAGGCUGAUGUUUUCGCAAGGUGGGCCUUUUCGUCUAGUUCUUUCUGAAUAUGCUAACCUAUUUACAUUCCUUAAUUUAUCUGACGUCAUCACUUCUCUUCUUCUAUUACGCUCGACUUAAAUUUUAUGAUUUAGCAGAAACGUCUUGUGAAAGGGAGCUAAAAAUGGUUUCCUUGCGUUGAAUAGCCUGCGAGCAAGCUCUCCUAUUUGGGCGAGUGAAGCGAGCCUCGCGAGAACGUGCGAGCGAGCGGCGAAGCCACGCGCUUCGCUUGCCCAAAUAGGAGAGCUUGCUCGCAGGCUAUACGUUGAAGGGUGAAACGACUGUUGAAAAACUUCGUACAACAGCGAAUUGUUUUAUUAUUAUGUACAGGAUGAAUAAGCUUUAUGGAAAACUGGAGAGAGCCACCAGAAGUUUGAUCUACUUUACAACAAGAAGCUGGGAGGUAACAAACAUCACCUUGGGUUUACAGUUUAACCUCUCCCUACGAACACCUCUAUGAUACGGACACCUCUCUGUUACGGACAGUUCGUUUGGUCCCAGAAAUGCCAAAAAUCGUACAUUCAUUACCUCUCUAAUACGGACACCUCUGUAAAGCGGACACUUGGUUCUGUCCCUUUGGUGUCCGUAUUAAAGAGGUUUGACAGUAUUACUUUAAAACAUUCAUUGGUUCACUUUGUGGUUCAUUCAACUUAUUUUUUCUAUGUUCCUACCAAUGGCGUAGCUGCACCGUUCGAUAUGUAAACCACGCACAAUCCCUUGAUUCGCUGUGACGAAGAAUUACGCUUAGCCUGCGAAAAAUACCGCCAUCUCUCCUUGUUCUCCUUAACCCUUUAAGCCCCAAGAUCUACAUACAGAUUCUCCACACUGAUCUCCAUACAUUUCUUUUAAGAAUUGUGGAGAGAAUUUGGUUGAAGAUCAAAGAAUUCUCCCUUUGGUGAUCAAUUUAGUAAUUCUCAUAACCUUUACUCUUGAUGAUCUGCUAAUGUUGUUAGGGGAAAAUUGAUGUUGGUCACUUUUGGGACCUAAAAGGAUAAAAAAAAGACGUCCCUAGGAGAGGCGGCCGCAUUCGCAGGCAAGCUAAGUUCGAAAUGUCAGCUUUUGAAUCUUUUUUUUUCUCGGUGAUAAAUUGAUUUUGAUAGCUCAGUUAAUAAAAUCAAAUUUUGUGUUUGACUCCCCACCGACACCGCGCCACAGUUCCUUUUGAUGCAACUAAGGGCGCGUUUCGCUGGGAUGACCCGGAAGAGGCUCAGUAAUCGCAUCGAUCGGAUUAUAGCACAUCAAAGGAGACGAUAAAUUUAUCCUUUUGAAAGACUUCAUUGGUUCAUUUGAUUUACCAUGAUCCGAGUGACCUCGGAUCACUGAUUCUAAUCCGAAUCAUCCCAAAGGAACACACUCUAAACCCUUCGUGACAAUAUUUGGGUGCCACUUUCUCAGCCAAUCAAAAUUGAGUUUAAAACCGGUCGUGACUUGCUGGUAUGCUUUUUCCCGCGCUUUUCGCCAGUGACACGUCCUUGGUUUAAUAUCUGAAUGCUUCAUGUGAUUAUCUUCUGUUACUGUGAUUGGUCAGACAAAGUUCAGUCGAAGCGUCCCUAAAACCGACAACCGCGGGCCUACUGUAAUGUUCUCUUGAAUGAAGAGCUCAAGCAGCUGUAAGUGGAGUGGCCGUAAAGCGAUUAGUUUCGACUGCUCUCUGGUUUUGAUUUUAAGAUAUUCGACUGAAAAAUGCUCUGUCUUCCUAGCUUUGUUCUUGUUGUUGUUGAAUAUGUUUUGACGAAAUGAAUGUUGCUGUGAUUUGCAGUUUUCAAUGGAGAAUUAUCGCGGUUUGAUACAGGACAUGAGUCCACAGGACCGAGAGGUUAGUCGGCCAAAACAGUUUUCUUUGUUGUUGUCACAAAUAAUAAUAUUAGUGUGUGUAAAGAAAUGGUGACGAGUGAAAUUAUAAAAAAUUUUGACAAAAUGCAGGUGAAAUUAUUUCUUGAUUUCACCAGUACAUCACCUUUUUAUGUCAUGGGUGACAAUAACGCUUAUCGUGAGUUUUGACUUGUUCGUAUGGAAAACUCCAAGUACUGAAAAGUUUAAAACAUACAUUAGAAGCCUUGUUGAUAAAAUUUGUGCUCUUUCGUGUGUUUAAGUACUCCUUAUUGUCUUUAAAUGCUCUGACAUCUUCAUUCGUGCUAUCUUUAAACCUUGACGCCAUCUGGUACAAACGUAAAAUUGUCUUAGCAAUUUUGCCGUAAUUACACAUGUGGAUUCAACGCUGAAAUUUUGCGCAAGAAUUCAGGAGCAAUUUGUUACCCAUGAUUUUAUUUUCACUAUCAUACGCUUGUUCCCUUUUCAGAUUUUUACUUUUGACGUGGAAAAAAUUGAGUGGGAAAUCUAUCUUAAGCGGUUUACCAUCGGCCUGAAGACAUUUCUGUUGAAAGAAGAUCUGGCUAAUCUUCCAGUAGCACAAAGUCGCAUCCGCAAGUAAGUGGUCAAAUAACUAUUACCUUUCGUUUUGCGUUUUUCAUUCUUACUUUCUGCAUAGGGCCAGUAAAGGUGGAUUUCCACCGUCGCGUAAUUUUUACGUGCGUACAUGUUACGCGCGUAAAUAAAAUAGAGGCAAUGUACGGAAUGUCCCGCGUAAACGUAAGAGUUGAACUUCGCUCAAGUUUACACUCGGUUUUUCAUACAUUGCCUCUAUUUUAUUUACGCACGUAAAAUUACGCGACCGUGGUAAUCCCCCCUUAUUCUAGAUAUAGCGCGUACUCUUAGCGGCUUAUCUGAUCACGACUGUCAUUAAAUCCAGAAACAUUCGUCCCCUUUGCUGGCUAAACGAUAAUGACGUCAAAUUUUACUGACAUGAUUUAUCUGACAAAAAACGUGAUCUAAUCUGCGCAUAAAGUCAAGAACUGCUUAUAUGAGCAAAGAGCACUCUUUUACUAAAGCACUUUUCCUAUGUUGUUUUCCAGACUGCGUAACAUUCGUUGGACGAUGUACUUUUGUUUGUUUCUGUUCGUUUCGUGGCUCAUAAUUAAAAGGUUCCCAGCCGCACAGACCGCUUGGACCCAGUGCUUAUCUGGUGUCCACAAGCUGGCCCGGGCCCUGGAGCCAUUCAAGCUGUCCAACUAGAAGCCUUGACUUUCUAGGUCCUCCCAGGGGUGGGCUCCAAAAGGUCCGGUGUGGUAUUAAACACGAAACUAUUUUGUGUAAGUAAUGAAAACAGAGAUAAAUUUCGUGGCACAUCAAGGAGUUCCCAGCUGUACAGACAGUUUGGUUCCGGUGCAUAUUUGUUGUGCCUAGGCUGGCCCUCGCUCUUGAGCCGUUAAUGGUGUCCAAUUAGAGGCCAUUCGCCACGAACUAUCAAGGUCCUUUCAGGGGUGAAAAGAGUGAUAUUGGUCAGAAUUUGAAAAACAGUAAUCAUAAAUUACUUUAGAAAGUUAAUUAAGAAAACUAUCAGUAAAUCUCGUGAUGAAUAAGAAAUGAAAAGUAGGUUUAGGUUGAUCAGUUAUAGUCGUUUGUCAGAUUGUUUUUUUAUCGUUGUAAAAACACUAAAAUCAUUCAUACCAAGAGAUCAUAAUUGGACCAGUCAUAAUCUGUUGUUUAUACUCUGAACAUGGAAGCAUGCUUAUGAUGAUUGCCCUUAGAAUACAAGGAUAAUUUAGCUUGAAAAGUAGGGAUAACAAAGAAAAUCAGGUUACUGUAUGUCUUGACAUUGAACAUUUGGGAAGUUAGCAGUGGUCCACUCGCAACAUUUAAAUCGAUAUUCUUAUAACUGAUCAUAAAUGAAAAGAAACAUGUUGUAAUAAAAAAAAAAGAAUCAUUAUUAAGUGAUAUGUCCCUGGGAUUUCCUUAUUGGUUAGAAAAUUGAAAAAAUAGCAGAUUAAUGGAACGAAAAGGUAAAGAACAUGUCCUCCUUCCUUUCAAACAUCCUUCGCGCGUCGCUGUUUGCCAAGUUCCGUCCAUUUCUUUAUUUGUUUAUUGCAAACUUUCAUGACUGAUUCUCCGCUUAUUUGCCCGUCUAUUUUAACUCUUAGCCCUUUGGGUAACCAGCAUGUAACGUAAAAUAUCUCUUCUUAAUGUAAUGUAAAGGUUAUGAGGACAAAGGAUGAUAUCCAAAGUAAAAAAGGUCUUGGUCGUUAAAAAAAAAAUAGAAAAAUUUUCGUAGAAAUUUAUUAAACACGGUUUGGUGUAAGUGCAUGUCGCGAUAAGGGUUUAUACGAUUACGGGGGAAUUAAUAUUAGUUUAAUCUUUUUUGAAAUGUUUUGUAUGUCUUUAGUUUAUACGAUAUCGUUUUACCCACGUACUGUUAUUCCGCAUUAUAUGAUCAGAUCA